UUUUCAACGAUGGAUGACAUCGAUCCACGUUUUGAGGUCUCUCUUUGUCCCGAGGAUGGUUUUUAUGACUUACGAGCCGGUAAAGAUCAUUUUGCCUCACCUGGCUUAGUUUUAAUCUUCAAUCAGCUUGAAUUUGAACAAAAUGAAGAAACACCUGUUCAAAGUCGUUCGGAGACGCCGGGCAUCGAUUUGAAAAAAACUUUAGAAGAAUUGGGCUUUGAAGUUAUUUACUGCAGAAAUUUCAGAAGAGUUCAAAUUAUGAAUAUUAUUGGAAAAUAUGCGAAUUUGAAAAACUAUGAAAAAAACAAUUACGCAUCAUUUAUGCUUUUUUUCCUUUCGCACGGAAAUAUAAAAAUAUUUGAAAAUGAUUAUUACGAAAUUGUGAAGACUGCCGAUGACGAUAUGCUGAUAAGUGACAUAUGGAAAAAUUUUGAAAAUACAAAAACGUGGAAUAACAAGCCAAAAUGCUUCUUUUUCCAAACGUGUCGUGGUCAUGAUUUGGUUGAAGGAGUAAAAAUUUUGAACAGAGAGCCUUCUAGAGUGAACGAAGAAACAUACGAUGGUCCUCCAGAUCCAAGUUUUUCCUACAAAGGUCCAUUGCCCAAAGAUUUGAGAGAAAAAAUGAACAUCGCUGCUUCCGUUUAUGAUACGGGUGCUCGUCCAAACGAACAUCGCCACAACAGAAAUUACCUCGGUCGAAGAGAAAUCAUCGGAUGUCACGCAAAUUCAUCAAUUCCCUUCACGGAACCAAAAUUUUCCGAUCUUUUGAUUGUCCAUUCCACGUAUCAGGGUGCUACGACAUUCCGUGAGCCCGAACACAGUCCCUUCAUUAAUGCCAUUAUCACAAAUUUCCGAAAGAAUCUUUUCGAAAAAGAUCUUUUGUCGAUCGUUCAAGACGUGCAAAAGGAGAUUGCUUAUGCUUUUCACGCCAGCGAAUCAGCAGAACGGGAUGUCGCUGAAUUUGUUUCAGCCGGAGUUGAAGGAAGUCGAUUGAUGCCGGUGCUCCAAAGUACUUUAACGGGCAAAAUUUGUUACCAAAAUCCAAAAAAUAUACAGGUUGCGAACAUGUUUUGCUCACAAAAGUUGCCUUUCGACUACGAUAUGCAAAAAGGUAAAGGGAAAGCAGUGAUUUUUGCGAACAAAUAUCGAAAUAUGGAAUUUCCAUCGAUGCCUUUUGUCACUGCAGAUGUUAACGGAUUAGAAACAUCUCUCUUGGGGUUGAAAUGUGACAUUUCCCUUCAUUGGGAUUUGCAAAAAGGUGAUUUUAUUAGAACUUUAAACGAAGUCGGCUCCGGGGACUUUUCUGAAUACGAUUUCUUUUUUCUCGUCUUUUACGGUUACGGAAGAAAGGAUUAUUUGAUCGUCAGAGACCAACAAAACGAGUUUUUGGAAGAUUACGUUGAAGUAGCCGAGCUUUGGCAACCAUUCCUUGGAUCAAGAUGCUCAACCUUGAAAGAUAAGCCGAAAUUUUUCAUCAUUUCCGCAAAUGGUGUUCAAAAUCCCGGAAUUAGUGGAAAAUUUCGACGUUUUGUAAAGAAAGACGUUAAUAUCGAGCAAACUCGAGCUCUGAAUCACGAAGCAAGUUGUGAUCCAGGGGAAAUUCCUUCAAUUUAUGUAAUUCCUGAAGCCUCGGAUUUUCUUGUGCUCUUUCACUCCGCUGCGGGAACCGCAAAAUACAUGAAUUUUAUCGAUGAUGAAGAUCAAUCUGAAGAAGAGAUGAAAAGUCAGUCAAUUUUCUUUGAAAAAUUGAAUGAACAACUUCAAAACGAGCGAAAUUUCGUCGGAGAUCGUCAUUUAUUUGAUGUAAUUGUCAAAUUUCAGUACAAAAUUACACAAAAAAUUGCGGAAAAUGUUCGUUACACGCGCGAAAGUCAAAAUAAGCGGGAAGUUCCAUUGGUUUUCUCAACGUUAACGAAGAAUUUUGUCCUAAAUGUUACUCGGAACUAGACAUAGCGUUGCGGGAAUUCCUGACGGAAUAUUUUCAUACUUUACUUUUUUAUACCUUACAAUAAAAAACAAGUUUUUUAUUCACUACAUAUUUUCAUACAAAAUGACAAAAUUUUAACAAUUUUUGAGCGUUAAAUAAAAUUUUUUGAUGUUUCUUAACCCUAUUUACUAUGAGAUUUGCUAAUUUAAAAUAGAUUUCAGAAUAUUUCAGAUAAAAAUUUAAAAAAUAAAAUUUCAUAAAAAAUAACUGUAAAAAAACUUUGAAAAAUAAAUUCAGUAAUUUUAUGAAAAAUAUUUUUAGAGUAGAAAAUUCAAGUUAAAAUUUGAUUGAUUGAUGU